UCACAAAAAAUUCGUGGAGCAAAAAAAAAACCAAAACCAAAAAAAAUUUCUACUUCGUGUUUUGUUUCCUAAUCUGUAAAAAUCUUGGUGAAAACUUUAAUCCUAAAACAAUUCAAUCAAUUAAAAAGAAAGAUGUUCUAACACAUUUUAUACAAAACAAAUCCCCAAUCAAUCAACUAAUCAAAUAACAAAUACACACAAUUAGAUCUUGAAAUGAGAUUCUAAUUGCGAAGUACAGAAGAAAAAAAAAUCAUUAAACAAAAAUUUUUGCACGUACCUACAUAAAAAUUCUUUCAUACAAAUAAAAAUUAUAAAUGAGAAUGAGUAUGAAAUUCAUUUGAGGAUCUUUCUCUGUCUGGAUGAGAAAAUAAAUGAUAUUUGGACAAGUGGACAACUGUCAAUGAAAUCUACGGUCAGUUAUAUGUUAUCGCAUGGAUCCGGGGAGCCUGUAAUGUCUCGUCCGGACUACGAACAGUGUGGCUAUCAUCACGGCUGUUUGCUGGUGCUUUUGCGUGGUAUUGGCGAUGCUAAGCCACGAUCCCUGCAGCGGAUAUUCGAUCGUGUUAGAAAAGUUAAUAAUGUAAAGAUAACAGAUUCCGGAGUAAGUCGUGAUAUUUGGCUGCGUUACAUACAUGACCAUCCUGUUGAAAACAAUGACUGGGGUGAUUUUCAAACCCACAGACGUCUGCUGGGACUCAUCACAAUUGGCAAAUUCGAAAAACAAUCCGAAUUGGAUGAACUCUGUCGUCAGCAUGAAUCCCUAAAAGCCACAUACAUGACAACCCUUUAUGAUUCCCGUGCGAUUCUUUUCGGACCUGCAGCACCAACAACAUCCAAUCAAGAUGAAAACGAGGUACAACCUUCUUCAAUUAAACUUCAAGACGAAUUUACAACGCCAACAAAUUUCAAAAGCCUUGCAUUCCUAUAUCGUGAAAAUGAUCCAUGCGUUGACUUGGAAACCCACAUCAUGGACUUUGCCAAUUCACUCUUUUGGGUUCUCGAAGCUAAACGAUCAGAUAGAUCUCGUGAAAAAGUUGAAAAGAUACAACUUCUUCAUGCCCCUUUUGAGAAACGUGAUUUUGUUGGUAUCGAUUUAGAUUCACGAAAUGGGCGAAAGCGAUGUAUGGGCCGUGUUACUAAGAACCUAGCCGAUCUAUCACUACAAGCAGGCCUAAUAGCCGACGCAUUAAAUCUCUAUCACAAUGCUAUUGAAACUCUACGUGCCAUAAACGAUUCAUUGUGGGUUGGUGCUUCAGAAGAGGGCCUCUGUGCUGCCUCUUCCAUUCUUCUAUUCCCCCAACUAAGAGAAAUCGAAGCCUUGCAUCGAAAUGCUAGCCUCCAAGAAGGCAAUGCUUCGCCAUUAAAAUCAACUCCAGAAAAAUGGCGUGCCAGUGAUCUUACCAAGAAAGUCAUUCUCGAGCAUCAAAAUUCAAAUGAACCCCCACACAUUGCCUCCAAUUCGUCAUCGACUUCGUCAGUGUCAUCACUAUUGACUUCAUCAUCCUCAAAUUCAUCAUCACUCUCAUCGUCUGCAUCAAUUGCAGGACGAGGUGAUCUUCCUGCCUCCAUCCUCAAACCCAACGACAUAACUGAACAUUAUCGUCGAGCUAUCAUAAAUUACAGUAAAUACAGACAUGCAGCUGUAGUGGAAACUGAAGCCGCCUUAAAGGCAGCUCGCAUUUGCAUCGAACAGAAUAAGAAUUUAGAUGUGACAAUGUUUUUGCAAAAUAUUCUUGCAAUCAAUUUGAAUAUGAGCGAUCAGGAUCGUGUCAAACGGUUCGAAGUCAUAACUGAUUUGUAUCAACAGAUUGGAUAUCGACGAAAAGCUGCCUUCUUUCAACGAAUGGCAGCUUGGAAGCAUGUCGCUUGUGGCCAUCAGAAUCCCGAAUGGGCACAAAAUUAUCGGCUAAUGUUGGAGAGUUUUCCUGGGUACUUGUUGUCAUUGGAUCCUUUGGAAGUAAUUGAAAAUAAUUCUGGGUGGCCAGCAUUGCAAAUUGAACAGUUGCAAUCUUUGAUAAAAGCUGCAGGUCGAUUGGGUCAUUCGGCUUUGGCUACACGUCACAUGACAUUUCUAUUGCAAACGCAGUGGGAUAAUAUGUCGUCAGCGGAACAAAGUAAAAUGGCUCAGGAUUUACAGAAACUAAGUGCUCAAUGUGAAGGUUCACCGGUGCCACUGGUGCUAGAAAAUGGUACUGUAAUACCUCCUGCAAAUUUGACAGAUAUUCCCUACUGUUUGGAGUUGACACUCAAAGACCUACCCUCGCACUUGCGACCCCAGCAAAUCAAAGUGAUCAAAGUCGAUAGUGGUCCAUUUUUAUUUACGCCAAUUCAUUUUAGUUCAAUCGAUCGAAGGGAAAAAAAGAAGGAUAAAAAUAAAAUUUCAUUUUUCUGGGUCCAAAAUGACCUUUCUGAGAUCACAAUCAAAGUACGCAAUCCGCUACCCUUCGAACUACAAAUUUGUGAUAUGCGACUACUGACCAAUGGUAUAGUCUUUGAAUCUCUACCGCAGACAGUGAAGCUUCAGCCAUCAGUUCCCACACCCAUAACACUCCAUGGAACUCCAAUCGAAGUGGGUCAGUUAGAAAUUCAAGGCUACAGUACCCACACUUUGGGUGUUAAAUCGAAUUGCCGCCUGAAACAUAUGCGCAAUCGUAACUUUCCUCAAAACUAUCUUAUUGAUGUUAUCCCAGCAUUGCCGCGAAUUAGUGUUAAGACAUCACUUCCACAAACGGCUACAUUUUGUACUCUGGCCAAUUCAGAAACGGUUAUAACAUCUGCUAGUCUAACUCUGUACAAUGGAGAGACAUCAAUUUGUACAAUAACAAUUAUCAAUGAUAGUCCUCUGCCGGUGGAGCACUUGGAAAUGGUUAUCAGUUCGAAUGUUGAUCAAGCAGCUCAAUCGAGAAUAUUUCAUAUUGACGAGGAGGAGUUGCAAUCUCGAUUGCCUAUUCCACCAAAGAGUACAAUUGAUUUUCCUGUUCGUAUAUUUGGUGAUGCAGAUUUUAUAUGUCCCACAAUUAGUGGACGUGCUGCUUCGGUACAUUCUGGAGCAACAAACUAUGGUGGUGGUGGACAUCAUCAUGAUGGUCCACAAUCACUCGGUUAUUCAAAUGUCUCAUCAUCGGGUCAUGCGAGUUUGCCGAGUCGAGUGAGUUCGCCAACGCCACAACAUUAUUCUUCUUCGAAUGCUGGUGCUGGUGCUGCGGGUCGGCGCAACGAUAUGCAAACAUCGAGUUUUCGUUCCUCUCAUUCCGGUGGUCAUUCAUCGUUAGCCACACUAAGCCUUCCACAACCGUCCAAUAUUAAUGUGGGUCAUCAUGUCGAGGCUCAGUUUCGUAUGAAAUAUUCGGGUGGUGAUGCAAUGCGCGAAGGCUAUUGCCGGCAAUGUGCAAUAUCAUUUAAUGUCGAAUUAUUGCCAAGUGCUCAAAUAACUAGUUGGGAUGUAUUGCCAGCUGAAAUACCUUCGCAAUUUUAUCUUGUACUAGAUGUAUCGAAUUUAACUGCUCAAGAAAUGUCGCUCAACUAUACAAAUAAUAAAAAUAUUCUAAUAGAGGCUAAGGAAAGCUGUAGGGUACCAAUACCAGUGGAUAGGUGUUCAUUGGAGAGUCUAUGUAAAAAUGAAGAGCAAUCAAAAGAACCAGUUCAUAUGAAUAUGCAUAUGAAUCCACAACCUUCAUAUAGUGAUAAAAUUAGUAAAUUGUGCUCGGAUCAUAUAGCCGAACGAGUUAAUAUAAGUUGGCUUUUGACUGGAACAGAAAUUCAGGGAAUAGCAUCUUUAAAAGGAAUCACACUUACUCCUGCCAUGAUUGAUUUAACAACAGUUGCACCACUAGAAUGGACUGUUGCAAUUCAAAAUACUCCAGUGGAGCCGCAAUCUGAAGUUGUUUGUACAGCUGGCCAUAGUUUAACUUUAAGUAUAACAGUGUGUAAUCAAUCAGUUACACCAUUAAAACAUUUAGCUUUGACAAUACAAUUUUAUCAAGACUAUAAAAAUGGAAUUGAUAAUUACAACUUGGAUGUUGUAAUGUCUGGACCACAUCAAACAUCAAUUCCAUUAUUAGAAAAAAAUGAAAAAGCACAUCAUGAGUGCACAGUCAUCUUUUUUACUCCUGGUAUUUAUAAAACAAACAUCCAAUGUCGAUCGCUGCCAACUCAAGAUAGACCAAUUUUACCGCCAGCAUCGAUGGCUGUGGGAGAUGGUCGGCCCGAGCAAUCAGCAUACCAAAAUUUCGCCAGUUACCAUGAAAGUCAGCAACAUGCAUGGAAAUUCAUUCCGCCAAUUGAGGUGACAGUUCUUGAGCAAUAAUUUGUGAUGAUUAUAAUCUAUAUACUUUGUUCUUUAAUUUUUAUUACUAUUUUUUGUUUUUUAAAUAAUUAUCCCAAUAGUUUACUCAAAUUUUGUAAAUAAAUCAUAAAACAAUGA